AUGGCCCCUAAUCUCUCUCUUCUAUUAGGAGCUUUCCUUCUCCUCUUCGUCGCCGUUCAGUCUAAAAACCACCCGAAACCACCCGAAAAAGGCUUCAAGUUCCUCCAGCACUUGGAGGGAUGCCACAAGGGGCAGACAGUGAAAGGCCUUCAUGAGCUCAAACGCUAUCUCGAGAAAUUCGGCUACUUGAAUUAUGGCACUACUAAUAACCAUCAUCAUUCAAAGAGUACUGCUACAAUUAGCAAUCUCAACCAUGCAAACGACGACGUGUUCGACGACAUUCUAGAGUAUGCAGUUGUGGGAUUGCAAGAACUGAGGUCGGUAUGCUCGCGGGCUUUUCAAAAAUGGCAAGAUGUGAGCCGAUUCACGUUUGCGGAAGCUCCGCAGGGCGCAGACAGGGACAUUGUUAUCGGCUUCGAUCGCGGUAAUCAUGGCGAUGGUGAUCAGAAUGCAUUUGAUGGUCGGGGUCAGACAUCUGCUCAUGCGUUUCCACCAACAAGAGGAUGGUUCCACUAUGAUGCUGAUGAGGAUUGGAGUAGUAAUCCGAACACGGACCAAAUAGACUUGGAAUCAAUUGCAGUUCAUGAGAUAGGGCAUGUUCUUGGGCUUGGACACAAUGAAGAUCUGAAUGCCAUUAUGUAUGCAUAUUUGUCUUAUGAAACUAUCAAGAGGGAUCUGAGUGCUAAUGAUAUAGAAGGGAUACGCGUCUUGUACUCUUCUUGA